UCUCUCUCUCUCUCUCUCUCUCUUCUCCAUUACCUCUCUCUCUCUCUCUCUCUCUCUCUCCCCUCUUCCCAAAAGAGCCCAAGGAGAGGUACUUCUGUGGACUAUACUUCAUCUCCGCACUAGGCCUACUGUUUCAUCUCUUUUUGAUUCUUUCCCCUCUCUUAACCAUUGUUGGAUCUCUGAGAAAAGGGUCAUACGGUUUUUUUUUUUUUUUUUCCCAUUCUACUGCUCCAAAUUUGGAGAUAUGUAAACACGAAGGUCCGUAAUGGAGAGUGAGGAAUGGGAAUCCUAUCCUUCAGCCUUCAUUGAAGGCAAGGAUCUAAAGAAAGACCUUAAUUCCGAGUAUCAUACCGACCAGGAUAAAGGCGCAUUAGUUUCCUUGGAUACCAUUCUCCCUGAUGACCUCUUGGAGAAAAUACUCUCUUUCUUGUCCAUUGUUGGUAUAAUUAGAUCAGGCUCCGUGUGCAAGAGAUGGAAUGAUGCCGUGCAAAGGUAUAAACAUACGAAAAUGGUACCCCAAAAGCCAUGGUAUUUCAUGUUCACGUGCGGCGAGGAAGCUGUGGCAGGGUACUCUUACGACCCAAGUCUGAAAAAGUGGUACAAUUUCAAUUUCCCUUGCAUUGAGAAGAGCAAUUGGUCUAUCUCAUUUUCCUAUGGAUUAGUAUGCUUAAUGGAUAGUGAAAAUAAAAGUCGUGUCUUUGUGUGCAACCCUAUCACUAAGCAUAGGCGGAAGCUUCCCUAUGCUCCGGGUGGAAACUCCCCCGACUAUAGCGCGCUUGCUAUAUCGGUCGAUAAAGAGUGUCAUAAUUACACCAUAGUGGUCGCAAAGUGUGGGCAAGUGCCGGAGGAGCAUCAUCUGUGGAAUAUAUCAAUCCAUAUUUAUUUUUCGGAAAGUGACGAGUGGUUCGAUCCCUUCAAUGAAACUUUAGUAGGUUGGAGAGGUUGUGAUGAUUGUGUCAUUUGUGAUGGAGUUUUGUAUUAUUUGCUUUACUCUUCUGGUUAUGUUGGGCAUAUCGCAUCGCGCCAUUGUUUGGCUAUGUAUGACCUCUCAACCAGGCCGGGUCAUUUUUCUUUAAUGAAUACAGCUAUACCUGCGCCAUGUACACUCACAUGUGGCAGGCUUAUGAACCUAAGGGAUAGAGUUAUUCUGGUUGGAGGAAUAGGGAAGCAGGAUAGGCCGGGAGUUAUCAAGGGGAUUGGGAUUUGGGAGCUUCGAGAUAAGAAGGAAUGGUGCGAGGUUGCGCGCAUGCCUCAGAAGUUUUUCCAAGGAUUUGGAGAGCUUGAUGAAGUAUUCGCAAGCAGUGGUUGCGAUGAUUUGAUUUAUAUACAGAGCUAUGGGUCGCCGGCUUUGCUUACUUUCGACGUGAGCCAGAAGCUAUGGAAGUGGACGGUGAGGAGUCCCGUUUCAAAGAGGUUCCCGCUACAGCUCUUCACUGGAUUUUGUUUCGAGCCACGGCUAGAAAUUGCUUCGUAGUUGUAUCUGUUUCUGUUGCUUUGAAACUUGGUUUUUACAAGAUAUGACAUUUUGCAAACUUUUGGAGCUGUUGAAGAAGUCUACGAAACUUAAUGGAUACCAAAACGAAGAUGUUUUAACUAUAGAGAAUCAUUUUCAUUUCUUUCAGUUCUAAAUUGGCUUUUUUUGUUUUUGUUUUCUUUAUAUUGCUGGGUCUAUAAUAUGAGUUGUUUCUUGAUAGUUAUUUGAGCUGUAGAAAGCAAAAGAUGAUACCUAACAUUCCUGAGAAGGCAAUGCCCUUAUACUCUCUGUUUCAUGAUGACAAUGAUUUGUUUCUCUUACCACAUGAAGUAAGACUUCACUUGUAUACCAUUAAA